UUUGUAGAUUUAUUAUCUAUGGUCUUUGCGAAAUGGGUGACGGGACUAACAACCAUUACUGGUGUAGACAGUUUUCGUAGGUGAAAGUGGUUAGGAGCAUAUAGUUUACGCCAUUUUGUAAAAUUUAAGGUGAAGAUGUCUCGAUAUCGUGAAUGGGAUUUGGCAUGCAAAGUCUACGUGGGCAAUUUGGGAUCUUCAGCCAGUAAACAUGAGAUAGAAAGUGCAUUCAGCAAAUAUGGUCCUUUGAGGAACGUGUGGGUUGCUCGAAAUCCUCCAGGCUUCGCCUUUGUUGAAUUCGAAGAUCCUCGUGACGCAGAAGAUGCAGUUCGUGGAUUAGAUGGAACGCGCUGCUGUGGUACCAGGAUUCGAGUAGAGAUGUCCAAUGGCAGGUCACGUCGUGGCGGAGGUCGUAGACCACCACCAAGGUAUUCCAGAUUGCAGGGCAGCGUUACUGCUCUCGUUCUCAACCCCAUCGUUCGAGCCCCAAACCCUUCCCGGCUACACAUCUCGUCAUACACACCACCUACAAAAAAUUGGGUGGUUAUUUCAACCACUUAUUACUGCUGCUACUACUACUACUACUACAAUUCUCUACUCAGCCACCUGUUGCUGCUACUCUGCGUCAUUUGUCAGCUUUUCUUCGGGGUUUUUUUCGAAAAAAUCAAAUUCUUCACCCACCAUGCUUCUCCGGCAUCGUCCACAUCGGUUCAACAUACCAACCCACCUAAAUCAUCAACACCACCAUCAACUACUACUACUACUACCACUCCCACAUCAACGAAAACGACGUCGAAAAUUGGUCUCUCCUUCGCCAAACUUCCGUAUUUUUCAUCUCGCGCUCUCCCAAUAAAACCCCAGUCAUGACCCCCAGGUUCAAAAUGAAGCAACUGACUGACAUGAAAAAAAAAAUCCUAUUUAAAAGUUAUUGGACUAUGGAAGUUAUGUUAGAAUUGCACUUGCUAAUCCUAGUGUUUGACCAAGAAAUUUUAUAACAUUAAAAGUUUCCAGAUUUUCUUAGGUUUAAAUAUAAAUUUAGUAUUGCUAAAAGUUUUCUGUAUCUAGAGAAAGUUUACGUGUAGUUAAUAGGCCUUCUAAAUGUUGUUUCAUUUUGUAUCCUGGUGAUCAGUGUGGCUGCGGAGAAGGUAAAUACUUUUGGUAUAAUUUACUAUGACCUAUGUUUUGGGUUUUCUGUCUCUAGGUCUACGUUCUUCGCAUUUUGUAUCGUAAGUAGUAGCAAUUUAGUUUAUUUUUUUUUGUUUGUUCUUGUUUGUUGGUGAGUCACUUUUUCAGGUUGUGGUGUAUAGUAUUCACUGGUAUCUCACUGUCCUUCAGUAGUCAUUGUAUGUUUUAGGUCACGUUCUCCACGUCGUUCUCGGUCUCCCAGGUCCAGGUCUCGCAGCAGGAGCAGGAGAAGUCGCUCCGACUCGAGAGAUCGCCGAUAAUUCAAAUCGCUCGUGUUUGUCUCUCGUAUAAUCACUUCUUAUAUUUUCGCGUGCCACUACGUAAAACCACAAAAACAAAUGAUAUCGACGGAGAAUCUUCCUUGUAAUUUUUUUAGUUAUCAUUAGUAACUUUAAUUAAGUAAAAAGUAAUCUGCAAAACAAAAGCAUAAUACGAAAACAAUUGUGUAAUUGAAUUCACUUCAUUUGUAUUGUAAUUAUUAUUUCUUUUAUAUAUGUAGGUGUAAUUUUGCAUUCUUAUUCGUAAGUUUACAAAAAAGAAAUGACGAGAAGGUGUAAUUCGUGUUGGUUGUGUUCAACGAAUUGCUAAUUAGGGACACCGUUGGCAGGGGAGCUCAGGCAUUCCCGAAUCGUUGUUUCUCUGUUCGGACGUGGAAUUUAGUUUCUGAAAUUGUGCAUGUUCAUUUACAUAGCUUUUUACGUGCGUAUUGCAAACAUUUCUGUAUUCCUUUUUGGAAAAUCAUAAGUCGUACGACUGUAUAGUAAUAAAAGAAACAAAACAAUUUUUUAAAUAUA